AUGUCUUUGAGUAGUCUUCCAUCUGAAUUGUUCAGCAAGUAUUAUCCAUCUACUAUGGCAGAAAUUUAUUCGAUACAAUUUGAUGCCAGUAGCUUGCAAUAUCUCAAUAACACCUCUAUGGAAUUCAAGCACCACUGCCCGAACGGAAUUGCAAACGCAAGGUUAGGAACCUUAUCUGCAUAUACAUUUACAAAUGAUCGUUUUUUAGCCACCAGUGCGCAGCAUGGACCUGUAGAAACAACCUUAUUAAGAUUUCCAAUGAUUUCAUUAAGAUUAUUUGGUGAUAGGCUGAUUAUUGGCAUUCACUUGUCAUUCAUCUUGAGAUCCACUGUAUUGAAUCAGCAGAAAUAUAUCUAUGGUCCAACAGAACUAGAAUUUAACCUCCAACUUUAUCACAAAUUGGUUCUUAACAUGCCAUCCAUUGCUUCAACAGUUGUGGGGACAGUUUUCACAGUUAAAGAAACAAAAAAGGAAUCACAAGCGUUUACUCCAGAAGGCUACUCUACUCUCUUUUCACUUGGAUUGGUUGGUGGAGAAACCUCAAAGGCAACAUUGAGGUAUACAUUCAGUUCUCUGGUAAUACUUGAUGCUCUGGGAUCAUAUGUAAUGUUUAAACCAAGGUACUCUAAUCAGCUAUGGACAUUUCUUAGAUACUCUUCCUUAUCCUGGAGAAAAAGUAUUUCGUGUCAAAAUGCCAGCCAUUUCGACUGUGAGAAUUAA